GGAAGACCCGAGUUCGAUUCCUCUAAUCUACCAGAUCCCUAAUCUUUUUUUUUUCCGCCCGAUUCUCUCGCCGGCGACUGCCAUGGAUUCAGGCUCUAAGGUUCCGGUAAAGUCGAAGCGGAGGUUUCAUCCAAGAGCUCCCACGCCUUCUUUCCGGCCGAUCCCUCCGAUUUCCAACACUGAAGCUGCUGAGGCUGAGGAAGAGAAUAAAAAAGCAGCACGACAGAUAGCCAAACGUAUCGGCAUUGGCCAGAGGAGACCUAAAACCGAAACAAAAGCAUCUUCUGUUGAGGUUGCAUUCCAACCAAACUUCUCCUCACUUGCAAUAAAGUCGUUUGGGGUUCCUAAAGAAGAUGAUAAGCACGGUUCUGAUGUAAAUCCCUCUACAUCUUCUGCUGCUACUACUUCUCUUCCCUCUGUUUCUUCUACUGCUAUUCUUCCUCUUAUUUCUUCUGCUCCUGCACAAAAAGAUGUUACAAGAUUUGAGCAAGACUACGUUGAACCUUGGGAUGAAAACUCCUAUUAUCCUACUGUUCUUCCUUUGAGAAAGCCUAACUCUGGUGAUCCAGAACUUCUUGACCAGGAGGAAUUCGGGAACGUGGCUAAACAUCUUCACUAUGACGAGAAUAACAUCAACUCAGCAGAAGAACUCGGUCUGACAUUGGGACAACACUGCAAAAAACAGAUGCUUUUCUUUAAGCUUCCAGACUGUCUCCCUGUAACGAAGCAACCAACGGCCAAGAGAUCAUCAGUAUCAGAGAGAAGCAGCGCUUUUGAAGGUUUACCAGAGGGUUUCAUGGGCAAAAUGCUAGUUUACAAGAGCGGUGCUGUCAAGUUAAAGCUUGGAGAUAUCCUCUAUGAUGUGUCGCCAGGACCGAAUACAGUAUUUCAUAAUGAUGUGGCGGCGAUUGAUACCAGAGAGAGGAACUGCUCUCGCAUUGGUUCUUCAACGAAGUUUGCGACUGUUACUCCAGAUGUUGAGUCUCUUUUGAGCCCUGACGCAGACAUGCAAACAAACAAGUGAAGGUUGCUCCAGAGGUAGUGGGUCUUGUUCAUAAAGUAUGUGAAGAGAGUAGUAGUGUUGUUUAUUUAGAUUAUUUAACUACAAACCAAUCAUAUGAUCAUAGAAACUCUUCUUUAUGUUUUCUUGUGUUGUGAAAGUUCCAAUGGUAUUGGGGAGUAAAAGCAAACUCUUAACUAUUUGAAACGUUCAGAGUCGUUUAUGAUAGUAACCCAAUUGAGUAAACAA